AUGUCUACCUCUACAAGUAAAGGCAGCCCCGCAGAUAGCCCUUGUGAAAGCGGUAGUAUUUUUACAAACAAAAUAGAGUUGCAAGAGAAGCUCUCGUCCAUUGAAGAGAAAAUACGACAGCAUAUUGAGGCUCUGAAAUAUCUUGCUCAGUCGCGCUCCAUGAUCAACCAGUUAAUAGAUAAGCUGGCAAAGAAAACCGAAGACCUUGCAGCCAUGAAUCGGGAACUAGAGAAAUACGUUAAGAGAAUGUCGGAGGCCGUGAGCGGUAAAACAGAAUAA